AUGCCUGCGCGACCGAACGUGGAUAAAUCGAAGUUCUGCCGAUUCCACAAAGGCCACGGGCACAACACCGAAGACUGCAUCCACCUAAAGGAUGCCAUAGAGAUAUUAAUCAGGGAGGGACACCUGAAGCAAUACGCGAAGAAGCAAGAGGCCGCCAAAGAAGCCAAACCAAUCCCUGAGGAAAAGCCGGCGGAGGAUACGCCCGCCAUGGAAGUAGCCAUGAGCAUCACCAGGCCGAAAGACUUUUACCUCCCUGAUUGGGCCAAAUUAGAGACCGCCCCCUCUCCUCACAGCCCAUGGGAAAUGUUCCCCUCCGUCAUGGUCAUAUCAGGCGAGGGAUUCAGCAAACUCACCGUCGGAUCCGUAAAACAAAAAUUCGACGAGCUACUCUCAGCCAGUUCGAGCAAAGCCGCUGCUCUCGACCAAGCCAAAGGCAGCCCAUCCUCUAUAUCUUUCUACAAAGAGGAACUACCCGGUGGAGCGCCCAAAGCGACCAUCUCCCUCCUCAUCCGGGCUCGGAUGGCCAAUUUUGACGUGCGACGCAUUCUAGUCGAUCAGGGGAGUUCGGUGGACAUCAUGUACUCCCAACUGUUCAAAACACUACAACUCAACGACAGCCACCGUACCCCCUAUGUGGGAUCAGACCUACAAGGUUUCAACGACACCAUGAUGAAACCAUGGGGGUUCGUCGAGCUCAUCGUUUCCAUCGGAUCGGCGGAAACCGCCAGGGCCAUCAAAGUUCAAUUUCUGGUCAUCGACUGCCCUUCGAUCUACCAGUGCAUCCUAGGACGCCUGACCCUGGCCGAACUGAUCGCGGUCCCCUUGACCGUGCAUCUCAAACUCAAGUACCACACAACAAAAGGACAUGUCGCGACACUCAACGGAGACAUCGAAGAAGCCAGAAGGUGCUUCGAAGCCUCUGCCAAAGGCCUAAGCUCGAUAAAAACGCCCCCUCAAGACAAUGAAGCGACCAUCUCCAUAUCCGAGCCCAACCUACCAAUCCCGCGCAUCGACACUAUCGACCUAGACAGCCGCUUCCUUAAAGAUGCCCUACUCGGGGACAUCUGA